UCUCUGCGCCGCGUCCCUGCUGUGUUCUUCUGUAAGGGGACACAAGUGAGGCGACUUGUGAAGGUUCUGUUUAUAGUUCUGUUUGAUGUCUGCGGAGUAAACCGAACCGGUAUCCGGUGGAGUCAUGUCUGUGGUCGUUUCACGCUGCAUCUGCGGGGUUUUGUCCCGGCAAGCCCCGACGUCACGAUUGCUUUUGGGAGGUAAUAAACCUGCUGGGCAGAGUCCCUGGUUGUCACCUGUGGUCACCCUGAAGACAUCUGCACCACUCAGAGCGGAGCCAAAGAAGAAGAAGAAGGUGGACCCGCGGCGGGAGCAGAUGAUGAGGGACCGCCUGAAGAAGAAGCUGAAGAAGCUGGAGAAGGUUCCUCCUGAACUCAUCCCCAUUGAGGACUUCAUCACUCCGACUAAAUGUUUGGAUGAAACAAGAGAGCGCGUUCCUCCAAGGCUACCGUUUGAAGAAAGUGAGAGACGGGCGCUUCUGCUGAAAGAGUGGAGUCGAUACAAACAGGAGCAGCACAUGGCUGAAGUGGAGGCCAUCGAACUGGCUCUGGAGGCACAGAGGGAGGCGCUGGAGGAGCUCAAACUGGAGUCUGAGGAGCUGUACCAGGCGGCGCUGAUGCCAGAUCCUCUUCUGUUUCCUUUCACCCACGAAGGACCUGCCUACACGCCUCCAAUCCCGAAUUAUGAAGCUCCAGAGGGGAAGUACAACGACGUUACUAAAGUAUACACACAGUGAAAGCGAGAGGGUGCCGCCUCUUUUACCGUUUGAACAGAAUAUUAUGGGCCGGGAUGCCGCCUUUUCUCAGUCUGUAAUGGAUGGAAACUUUGCAAGCCGUUUCCUUGCUGACUUGACAACUAUUGGACUCUCAUAUUCAUCACAUUUAGUUUCACAACAUUCAUAAUAAUUAAUCAAGAGGUUUCUGUUUUUUUAUUCAUACCUUCAAUGUUGAAAAUAAAAGCGUCUUUGUUUAAUCAA